UCAAGUGGACUUACUUUGUUCAUUUAGAUCUGUGUGUAUGCUUUCUGAAACAAGCCCCAGGUCCGGAAGUUUCCCGACCCAUAUCAGUUUGGGCCUCCGUCAAUUUUGUAAACGAAAUGAGCCAAGCAGCAGCGUUUCCUGGCCUCCGGCCUUCACCAACUCCCCUGUAAGACACCACUAACUGAACGCUUUGAAUUUCGCUGGGAAUUCCGGGAGCCUGCAACGUCACAGCCAAAGCCCUCCCGAGGCCUCCCGUGUUUACGCUCAUACUCUUCCCCCAGUUGGAUAUCAAAAUAUUACACACCGUAGCGCAAUCAAGAUAUAACGAGGUAUGACCUUAAAAUGAACCAGCGCUCGUCUCGUGAUGCAUGUUGGGAUAUCGCUAAUAAACUGCCGAUGACGUAACAUUAAAUAUAGUCUGAAGUACAGUUGAUUGGUAGAUUUCAAAUCGCGACAACUCGGCUGCUAUACCUUGGCCAUUGAAAUGGGAGCCAGCCCCCGACCAGAGAAGGGCAGCCUAGCUCGGCGUGUCUGUCUGAGGAGCAGGCGCUACAGAGGCCCAUAUGACGUUUGCCCUCAGCGGGCCCCCCCCUGCUCUCGCAAUGUGUUCUCUGAGCAGCCCCUCAGACAUUCUGGUAAACUGGACAGCAAGCGCUCUGUUCCCCUGAGAAACCUCAGAGUUGUGUUUGCGAACGUCCAAUCCCCAGGAGGCAACAAGCCGCUGCUGCCAGAGGUCCACACCCCACCGCAGCCCCACCAGCGCAUGUGGUCCACACCGGAUCCCCGUGACUCCUCCCCCGCCCUGGAGACCACUGCGCCAGUGGAGGGGGGGCAGACCACUGCGAGCACUCCGUGCCCUGAAAUGAGGUCGGGAAGGUCGGCCCAUGGUUCUGCCAGGGAGGGGGGGAGUCCUCCAGACCGCCGGUGCCGCUUCGACCUGGAUGCCGAUGACAUCCUGUGUCUGAGUCCCAUCGUCAGCGAUGACAGCGGCUGUGCUGCAGACGUCACCGACCUCUGCUUCAGUCUGAGUGGCCCUGAAGUGGCCACCCCUUCUCAACCCCCCAGCGCAGCACCUAGGGGUGAUGCCCUCCAGGAUGAGGGUUAUAUACCCCAGGAGGCCCUUUCUGCAGGAGCCAUCAGCAUCGGCUGCAUCAUCCAGACGUUGGCUUCCCAGUCUCCAGAGGGGCGUGAGGCAGACCAGCAUGGAGAGGGAUUGCGCUGUCCUGCGCAGCCCCAGGUGCGAAGAGUGGCCAGUCCAGGCCAAUCUGAGCAGAGUCCGUCUGGAAGCACACACAGGGCUCUGGUGUUUAGCGAUCAGGACUGGCAGCAAGGGAAACGGCAGUAUGUGGACGCCGUCCUCAGUCACAGCCGUCCUUCUGCAGCAAGAGGUGCUGUCGAGGAACUUUAUAACCUCAUUGACACGGUUGGCCAGCAGGGGGCAGCCUUGAGCUCCUGCAGCUGGCAGCAUCCCGCUGACCUCACACGCAGGAACUACGGAAAAGGCCGGAACAAGCAUCGGAUCUCUCUGGACCGGUGGUACCAGCUGAACUCCCAGGUCCAGAGGCGCUUUGCCAGUGUACCGCUGCAGUUCCGGCGGAGCCCAGUCCUCUGAGGGGUCCAGCCUGCUCUGGGAGCCUUGGGGCUGUUCUGAUGGCCUCGACUUCUGCUCUUAACCUCAUUUCGCACUUGUAAAUAUUUCCUGUUUUGAUGUCGGCAGUAGGUGAAAGCCUGCAGCUGUGCUUUGGUAGCAUCGGUGCCUGCAGCUAUCUUAUUGCUGGUUUUGCUGUGUGUGUGUGUGUGUGUGUGUGUGUGUGUGUGCGUGUUUUACUUCACUUUUGUACUCUUGAGUGGUUUUUGGUAAAUAAAAUGACGAAUGUGUAAUCUG